UUAGUUAUUUACUUUUUUCAUUUAAAGUUUUUUACUUUAUUAAUUUUUGUAUUUUUACAAAUGAGUUCAACUUUUGAUAAAUAUAACCUACUAAAUAAAGAAGCUUUAGAGAAAAAAGAAAUUUUAGAGAACCAUUGGCUAGAUUUAGAGGAAAAAAAUUAAAAAUACUUUAACCAUGUCAAGGGGGAUUGCUUGUGCAAUAUUUGUUCUUGCGGAAAAUGUAAAUGUAGAAGCCAAAAAUUAUAAAUACAAAUUUAAGCAGCCCCAUAGUCAAUUUAUAUGAGAAGUUACAGCCCACCUAAUAAAAAUUAUAAUGCAGGAAAUGGAAGUAUUAAGGAAUAAGUUGAUUAAACAAAAUCUGUAUUAAAUUUAAGAUUUACAAAUGAAAAAAUUGGCAGUUCUUCCAGAUCUCUUGAAAGUAGAAGUAAUCAAAAUGGAGAUUUAAAUUCGAAUACAGACAGUCUUACUAGCAGGGAUAUUGCGAAUUACUAUCCAAGAAUGUUAAAAUAUGGUAACGAAAAACCUUUUUAUGAUCCAUCACCUAAAUAGAAAAAUCAAUAAUUUACUGAUGAAGAAAUAAAUCAGCUCUGCUCUAAAACAAAUUUUUAGAGAGACUUGGACAAUCAGAUAAGAGUAACUUAGGCUAGAAACUAAAAUAAUUAUAAAACAUCAAGUUUGAAAGUAUAGCUAUCUCCUUCUGAGGUUGACUCAACUUACAGAUAAAACUAUGCAUAAAAAAAUGUUAAGUUAGAUGAGCCUAUAAUUUAAUUAUAAGAACUACCACCUAAUGUGCGUUCGAUUCCUUUCAAUAUCAAUUCGUUUUCAAGAGUUUAAUCUCAUAAAAUGUUUGAAGAACUUGGUCAUCUUAAGGAUAAUGUUUUAUAUGAUUAAAAUAAAUGUAAUUUUGAGUAGAAGGUAAACAAUGAAAACGAUAAAUCAGCUUUGAAUUUAGGCUAAAAAGAUUUAGUUAAAUUUUUAAACAGACAUAGGUCAUUCAGUCCAAAUCAAAGAAGUCAAAUUCAAAAUAAUGAUUAUGAUAAGGAAAAAGUUUCAUUCAAAUUAAAAUAGGUGCUUGAAAGAAAAAAUGAUUUAACUCAAAAUGACUUCAUUAAUUAUGCUCAAAAAGCCGAAAAAUUAUAAAAAACUGUAUUUUCUUGCUAUGAUAAAUUUGUUGAAGAAGAUACAGCCUACAAAAAAAAUCAUUGCAAUUAGGAAUACUAAAGUAAAAUAAUAAAAAUUUCUAAAGAUUAAGAAUAUAAUUACAAUUAAGUAGAUAACCUAAUUAACUAAAAUGUCUAAAAAAUAAAUAAAGUUGGAUAUUUUUUGCAAAUUCCUAGUUAUGAAGGAUAAUUUAAUUCUUAAAAUUAAACUAGCUAUUAAAAAGACCAAAAAUAUAUUGAACUUUGUCCAUCUCGAAAAGCAAAAUUAUGUCAAUCUCCUGAUUAACCAAUUUAAAACUGUAAAGAAGACGAUUUAGAGCUACUACCAAGAAAAUAUUACAAUCAUAGAUAUUACAGGCCAAUCAAAUAAGUAUCAAAUCAAUCCAAAUAAGGUAGUAAAAUAGUAAAAGUCAAAAUAGAUCCAUAAAAAGCUGACAUCCCUGCAUUUAUAAACUAACUCCAAUAAUAAAAAAUCUAAGAAAAAAUUAAAAAUAAAUGA